CUUUAACUACAUUUUAUCAUAUAAUGGUUUAUUUCUUGGUCUUUUAAUGAAAACAAUGAAUAUUUUUUAAGUUUUUCAUAAUUUAUAUACUCAUUGGGUCGAACUAACCCGACCCGCGCCCCAUAAUAAAUUACCCGACCUGUACCCAACCUGCCACGAAGCGGGUAUGGGUAUCGAGAUACCCGACUCGAACCUACCCCAUUGCCAUUCCUAUCCCUCGUCCCGUGUUUAUCAGCUUUCAUGUGUCCCUCUUUGGCCUGGAUGUUUUGGCCCAUGUUUUAUUUAAUUUUCGUUGUUCUGUUCUUAAACUCCUCCUUUUCUUUCACUGAAAUUGAGGGGUGGUUUGAUUUAUUGAUUUGAAAAUUAGGAUUUUGAAAUUGAAAAAUUCAAGGAUUCAUUAAGGAUUUUAAUUAUUAUGGAUUUGAAACAAUCUUCUGUUUUUGAAAUGUUUUUAUCAUGGAUCGAAAGGUUUUUGAUUUAUAACUUAAAGUCUAAAGUUAUCUUACUAACUUUUUCUAUUUGUUUUUCAUGGAGAAUAAUAAUAAAAAUAAUGUUGUCACAAUAACAACUAUUAUUAGAAAUAUUAAACGGCAAGUAACCAAAAAAAAUAAAGGGCAAAUUUUGGCAGCAGAUUAGGUUGCCGCUCCUAGCAGCAUCCCGCCCACGUGUAGCGUACUAUUGGGCUUUUUUCAGUUAAUCCUUUUACUGUUAAACCAAUUCAAUUAUUUGAAGUAGAUGGAGACGGAACGGAUACAUCAUACAUGUACUUACCGUUAUUUCAUUUUCCUUUUUUUUUUAAUUAACAAUGGACGAUUAAAGUGGAACGGAUACAAAUUCUCCCUUUAGGUUUUCUCCCCUUCAUAUAAAUGUCAUCUUCUUUUUGCUUUUCCAUUUACGCCAAGCGGCAGCAGCAGUAUAUCUCCCCUCCCAAACUUUCUCUGUGUUGUCAUUUACUCCAAGCCGUAGCAUUAACACAUCUUGCCUCCAAACAGAAGAAGCCUCCACUUUCUAUGUGCUGAGGCCUGAGUUUAUUUUGAACGAUGUCUUCGACAACAGGUUCUUUUUCUAAUUAUGACUACUCUAUCUUUUACCUAUUUGAGCCUCGUAAAGUUAUUGAUAUUGGAAGUUGAGUAUGUUUGGCUGCAUUUUCUCAUGUAUUAGUGGAAACGCUUGAUAACAAAUGGUGGGAACGAGGUUGGGGUCAAAACAUAGACACUUUUUUUUAAGUGUGACCAUAUUGCUGUAACCUGCCUUCUUAUUUGUAUCUUAACAUGCCUCACAUUGAUAGACACAAUAGAUAUUGUCUCCUACUUGUUUAUUUCUUUUGCUGGACACGCCCUCUUUUUCUUUUAAUUUCCUUUGUAAAUUUUAUUUCUCAUUAUUUAAUGAAUAUAAUCUUUACAUAAAAAUUUAUUGCUAUUGCAUAAUGAUUUAUUUGAUUUUUUGUUAAGCUUAAUUUUUUUGGAAACCCACCGUAUGCUUUCAAUUUUGAUAUAAAAAGUGAGAAGCUAUUUUGGUUGGGUACAUGUUCAUGUACUAUGGGUUGCUUUAAUAUGGGUGAUCAUUCAAAAAAAAAUAUAUAUAUAUUAUUUUUAUUUUUUUGUGGUAUUAUUAGCUCUCAUAGUCUUACACAGUUGAUAUUAUGUUCUUUCUUGCAGGCACGGAUCAUAUGAGUCCCAAAACAUUUGGUGUGAAUAAUAUGAUUGGAAAAAGCGAAGUGCCAUGUAUGGGCAUGAAAUUCGACGGUGAUGAUAGUGCAUAUGAAUUUUAUAAAGCAUAUGCCCACAGCAUUGAUUUCAGUGUAAAGAAGCGCUAUAUCAAGCGAACAAAAGUAGGUGAGGUGAAAAGAAGAACAUUUUGUUGUUCUAAAGAAGGCAAAAAAGGUUUCGAUAAAAGGCGCAAGAAUGUGGCUUUUCAGCGACCAAUUACAAGAAUCGGUUGUAAAGCACAAAUGACUUGCCUACUAAAAAAGGACGGCUUGCUGGAGAUUGUUUCUUUUGAAGCAAAUCAUAAUCAUGAACUUGCCCCCACUCCAAUGAAGCACAUGUUGAGGUCCAACAGAAAGAUAAGUUCUGCUCAAAAGGCUAUUGCAAAUGAUGCUGAGAGAGCUGGGUUGCCAAUUAAGGCAACUAUUGAUUUGCUAGCAAUACAGAAUGGAGGCCGUCAAAAUAAUGGGUUUUUGGAUUCAGACUACAAAAACUAUAUCGCUGCACAGAGACGAGCUGCAAUGAUUAAAGGAGAUGGUCAAGCAAUUAUGGAUUAUUUUCGUAAAGCACAAUCAGAGGAUCCAUCAUUUUUUUACUCAGUGCAACUUGAUGAUGAUGAUUUUGUUCUGAAUAUGUUCUGGGCUGAUGGCAGGUCAAUAAUUGAUUACAAGUACUUCGGCGAUGUUCUAUGUUUUGAUACAACUUAUAGAACCAAUGAGUAUGGUCGACCUUUUGCUCCAUUUGUGGGAGUCAAUCAUCUGAAGCAGACUAUAAUCUUUGAGCGGCAUUACUUUAUGACGAAACAAUAUCAUCCUUUAAGUGGUUGUUUGAAGCAUUUUUGGGUGCAAUGGCUGGAAAACAACCUAAUACCAUAUUGACGGAUCAAUCAGCUGCUAUGGCCAAAGCAAUUGAAGAGGUAUUAACUGAAACUCAUCAUCGUUUAUGCGUUUGGCAUAUUUAUCAGAAUGCUGCUAAACACUUAAGCCAUGUGUUUCAUGCAUCCGACCAAUUUGCUAGUGAUUUUAGUUCAUGCAUAUAUGACUAUGAAGAUGAAGAUGAAUGGUUUAGAGCUUGGGAUGUUAUGCUUCAAAAGUAUGGUCUGGAGAAUAACGAAUGGUUGGAUGGAAUAUUUUCAGUAAAAGAAAAGUGGGCUAUGGUUUAUGGGCGUCAUAUGUUUACUGCUGAUAUGAAAAGUACACAACGCAGUGAAUAAAUGAAUAGUGUGUUAAAAAAGUACCUAAAGCCGAAACACCAUAUGGUAUACUUUUUUGAGCAUUAUGAUCAGUUGGUAGAAGAUAGAAGGUACCAGGAACUACUUGCAGAGUUCAAAAUGAGGGAUACAAGCCCACCAUUAAAAGCCGAUAUUGAGAUGUUAAGGCAUGCAUCAGUUGUGUACACUCCUAAAGUGUUUAAAAUGUUCGAAGAAGAAUAUUUGAAAGUUUGGGAUUGCACGAUUGAAAAGAUCAGCAAAAUUGAAGUUCAAGCAGAAUAUAAAGUGAGAAAUGCUGGUAGAGGUACAUGGCAUCGUGUCCAAUUUGAGUAUUUGCCUCAAAGGGUUGAAUGUAGUUGCAAGAAGUUUGAGUUUGUGGGGAUUUUAUGUUCUCAUGCUUUGAAAGUUCUUGACAAGAAAAAUAUAAAGCAAAUUCCAAGGCAAUAUAUAUAAAAAAGAUGGACAAAGGAUGCAAAAGAUGGAUGCAUUAGAAGUUCAACUCGAGUACAGGGAAGUUCCGAGAAACUCGCUGGGAAGCGUUACUUCAAUCUGCAUUAUAAUUUUGGAGAAAUAUCAACACUAGCAGCUGAAAGCGACAUAAUGUAUGAGCGUGCAAGUGAAGUUUUUUCAAAUUUGCUGAAGAAUUUGCAGGAAAUGAAAAAAAGUUCACAUGCUGGAACUUCUGAUGAGGUAUUGGGCUCUAAUCCUGAACUAGAUUAUCCAAGUGUAGCUGGAGUAAAGUCAAAAGCUACGGUUGGACGGCCGAAAUGAAGAAUUAAAGGUGCAUUGGAUAAAGGAAAAAGUCACAAAGUUCAAUCAAAAUCAAAGGUAUUUUCCCCUUCUCCUUACUGAUUAUUAUAUAAGAUAAAACUAUUAUACUAUCUUCUUAUAUUAUUUAUUUUUAAAAUCUUAUUAUACACAGGGUAAGAAGAUGAAAGCUAGUUCUUCUCAACAAGGUGGAAGUAAUUCUGAAGUGCAAAUACAAAAUAAUCAGGUUUAUUUUGCAUACCCAACAUCCAAAUAAAAUUGCUAGUUUUUUUUCUCUCAUAUCAAAGUUUAAGUGAAAUUAUCUUAUCAAUUAUAUAGUAACAAUUAUUAUAAUUUUCAGAUGGUGAUUGGGCACCAAUCUCAAAGUUCAAUUACCAGACCAAGCGAAGAAAACAUUGAUUCUACAAUUUCUGUAAACAAUAUAUCAUUCACACAAUUGUUACAGGUAUGGAGACAAUCCAAUUAUUUUUUUCACUUUAAAUAAAUAGAUAAAAUAUCAUUCUUGUAUUUGUUUAAUUUGCAGGAAGCCAUAGCAAAUCCUCAUCUAGACAGUGCAGAACAAUGACAACAUUUGUUUUUUCUUAAGUAUCUCAGUAGGAUUAUUGCAUUUCAAGAGAUUAUAUUAUUAGAAUAAGUUUUGUUAUUAUUGAGAAGGAAUACACAAGACAAAUUUUA